AUGAAAGUAUUAGUGCUUUUUGCUGUCUCUGUGAUGUUGCUGAAAUUUCCAAGCGCUCUUGGUCAGAGGCAUUACAGCUGUCUUUUUGGCGGCUGCAAGAAAGAGGUAGGUGCCAGAUUUUGAAUUUUCUUCUUCUCUUCUUGAUCUUUAGGGCCAGUGUUUAAUCAGGCUGCGUUAGCACUGGAGUCAGCCUAAGUGGAGAUUCGACACAAUUCUCACAUUUGGUUCUAGUGCGAUUAAAAAUACUGCUGAAAUGGUUUCAUUUUAAUUACCACAUUACUAUAGGAUUUCAUCCGUAGAUGCAAACAGAAAAAUCUAAUUCGAUUCACUCUGGAAGUGAAAGUUAAAGGGCUAAAAGUUUAAGUGUGGUAGAAAACGGAAUUUUAAAUUUUUGGCUUUAAAUCUCAGUAAACUUAUUUUCCAUUUGUACCCGUCCCCUUACUUCCGUCCUUGUAUUUUUUUUUUCAGGAAAUGGAAGACAACCCAGCCUAUUUGCCUAAAAGCCCAGAAAUUGCCUCAUUGAAAAAUGAGUACAGACGAAACAGGCUGCGUCGUUUGUCAGAAUAUCUGAAAACUAAGCGAAACCAGUUUGACGAUGUCAUGUAG